AUGAUAAUUUUAUUGCUGAUUUAAACAUGCUACAGUUCCAGUUUAUUUGACAACUCAACUCUUAAUAACAUUACCGACCUAUUCACUAGAUGUAAAAUGAAAGGCGAGAAUCAAGACAAUCUAUUAUUUCAGUGUUCAUAAAUGAAUGCCAUAAUUCCUAAAUCCCAAUUAAAUCAAGAUUCUGUCUACGCCUAUUCCUUCAACACAACAGAAGAUGUCUAACUAAGCAAUAUGCUUCUUAGUGAAUUGCUUAUAGACCCAGAGACACUAUCCUACCAAAUUAAAUUACUAGUUUUAUAUUAUUCAUAUUAUGGGAAUUUGCUGUAGAUGAUCCAGUCACUUUCCAUCAACAAAUAUUCAUUCUAUAAUUACUAGGCAACUGCAAUCGAUGGAACUUUGAAUAUGAUUGGACUUCUAAUGAGUCAUGUAAAUGAGCAUUAUAUUACAUGUUAUUUUAUACCAAUCCAUCCAAGUAGAGUGAAUUCUUUUCCUUUGAAGGCACAUAACUUUACUUGCACUUCAACUUGUGUUAUCAAAGGGUUUUCACAAUACUAUAAUAAACAGAGGAAUAGUUUGAUUAUUGUAAUUGCAGAGGAGGACAUAUUAAACAUAUUGGAGUACUCUUUUUUGGAUUGGCAAUUGAGAUUCGUUUCACAAUAUUAGAUUGCAGAAUUGAUUUAAAAAAAUGAUUUAAUUUUGAAGACCUAAUAAUUUGAAGACUAUCUACUGGUUGAAUUAAAAACCUGUUAAGCCUUGUUUCAUAUUUCCUCCAUUCUUUAUGAGGUUCAACUCUUGUAUUUAUUCUCAAAUUCUCCACUAUUCGUUGAUCAAAAGUCGAAUCUAGUAUUUCAGAAGUCCUAUCAUCAAACUCUAGUUUACUCCAUAGACAAUACCCCAAAUUGGUUCACCUUAAAAUAGGUUAACUUCCUUUAGAUCAUCGAUGUCCCCUUCACUAAUUCGAUUAUAGUUCAAGAUGAAAAGUAAUUUGUUUUUGUUUAUGACAACUUCCGCUUAUUAAAAGUGCAACUAGAUAGAAAUGAAAACGUAAAUCAAUAAAGCAACUGUCCAAAUACAUUUACUUCAUUUCCACAUCCAAAUUCUUAAUCCUUAGAAUAUUAGUUCUAAUUCUUGGAUGAGAAUUGGGAGUAAAAUAAAAAUAACCUCGAACCUCUUGAAGAAUUGUAGAAUUAUACUUCAUGUAUCAAACCAUGCGACCUCUUGUAUUUUAACUAUGACAUUCAGAUGGUCCCAUACGAACAAUAGUGUAUUAGUUCUGAACUAUAUCAAUAAUUUACUGAUUACUGCAGUAUAUAAAAUAGUUGCUUGAAAUGCAAUAACUAAAUUGGAUGCAAUUGGGAUAAUGAUGCUUGUCAUAAGGAAACCCAAAUGUAUUAAAUAGAUCUCUCUUCAAAUGAGUAAAGUUCUAAAUGGUAUUACGGUAAGAUAUGGAAGUGUGAGGAAACACAAUAAUAAAAUACUGACGUCUUUUGUGGAUAUAACUAAACUGAAUUUUCAGAAAAUAAGGAGUUCACCUAUCAAGGAUAAAUAAGAAAAGGACAAAUGUGCUCUUGGUUUUAUGAUGCUAAUGAAUUCCAGUAAUUCAACUUGUUUUUCAAGGCUGAUCUUGUGAAUCUCCCUUCCUUCAUUUAGAUAUCAAUUUGUUUAGGAUUGAGUAAGAAUGAAAUUUGUUCAUAGAUCAAUUUCGAACCAUGGGAUUUCAAUUAGACAACUACCUAUCCAUUCAAGGGAUAUUACUUUAGAUAUACAAUCAUAUUUAUUGAGGAUAAUUUGGCAAAUAACAUCUCGUUUUCCUUUUCAAAUUCUGCUCCAAUAUCAAUGGGGGAUAGACUGAAACAAUCACUGUUAUAAAUGUUGACUUGGCUGUGCUGUGGGAUAUUGCUAUUUUGCAUAAUGGGAUACAUGGCUAAGAGAAGAUUACAAUAUUUGGUGGCUUAGACGAUAGAUAAUGAUCUCAAUUAAAUAGCACCCUAUAUGUAGCAUUAGGUUCCUUUGAAUGAUGAUAGAUUGAAAACUGUGAUGCAGAAUUUGAUUGACCAAGAAAUAAUUACUAAAUACCCAUCUGAUCCUUCAUUGUUGUUGUAUGGAGAGGACUCAUGUGCUUUUUGUUUUGACUAAUUUGAUGUCUCUCAAUUCGUUGCUCAACUAUUUUGUGGACAUGUUUACCAUUACGAUUGUUUUGAAGAUUGGAUAAGAAUUAAGGGGAUGCUUGAUAAAUGCCCGAUUUGCAAUCAGAAAGUGGAUCAUUUCUUAGCCAACAAGGAAGAGUAUGCAAUUAUUAAGUCUUAAAUAUUGGAUAGAAUAAAUGAAUCGGAGAAGCAUACCACUCAUUUAAUCGAAUGA